AAUUGUUUAUCUUUAUUAAACAAUGUAUUCGUGGUCAUUUUAUGUCAUUUUCUUACAAUCAUUAAUUCAAACCUAUAUGAGACAAAAUCCUUAUUUUGUUCUCAGUUAUAUAUUUUUAUAUUACAUGCAAUUUAAAUUCAAAAGGUUAAUGAAAACAACAAUUCAUUGCUUUACCUUAUCGGAUAAUGCUAUGAAACAUUUGAUAAAUAAACAAAUUGAACAUGUUCAUGAUUAUAUAGAUCCUUAUGUAUGUAUAUUAACAAACGUAGAUGAAAUUAAAACACCUGUUAUACCAACUUGGUUUAAUCUAUGUUGCAAGUCAUCUUGUAAAAAAUAUAAAGUAUUAAUUGUACCUUUCAAAGAUACAGAACAAAAUGUAAUUUAUGUUUCUGAAACUAUGCGACAUAAUUUAGAACAGUUUUUUCAUUGCAUAGAUUUGAACGAUAAAUUAUUUCUUGUUCCUACAAUAGAUAAUAUCAUUAAUUUUGCGAGUGAAGUUAAAGUCUCGCUAAUUUCUAAUCCAUAUGAUUGUACAACUGACUUAAUAGAUUCAUUGUUAAAAAAUUACUUUUCCAAGCCACGUUUUUUAAGAUGGAAAGAUGUAUUCAGUAUCAAUGUAAAAGAAUAUGCAAAGGAUCAUACGUAUUCUACUAAUCAAAUACCAUCUAUGGUAUAUUUUAAAAUCAUAGUUCAAAAACUUGGUAAUGAUCUGAUCAGCAAUGGUUGUUUUAUAGUACAAGGAGAAACAUCACUUAUACAAGUUAAUAAUAUUAACAGUUAUCUUCCUUGUAAAAGAAAUUACUUAUUAUCAGACAAAUUAAUUUCAAUUGCAAAAAUAAAUUCUGAUUAUAAUUAUUAUCUUGAAACUUAUCCACCAACAUUGGUGGAAUCAUGCAAUUCUUUGAAAGAUUGUAUUUUACCGUUCAUAAAAUCUGAUAUACAGUUACACGUAAAACCUGUGUUCCUUUUGACGGGUCCACCGGGUUCUGCAAUUAACGAAAUAGUACAAAUAACUUCGGAAAUAACGGGCUUGCAUUUACUUAAUACAGAUUUUUCCGAAAUACAAACAUUAAUAUCAGCACAAACCGAAGCAAAAUUACGUAUUUUGAUGCACAAUGCUAAUAAAUGUGCUCCAUGUAUAAUUUGUUUGAACAAUAUUCAGGUAUUUGGUAAAACGUUUGAAGGACAGAAAGAUGAAAGAACUGUAUCUGCUUUUGUAAAAGAGAUAAAUGAUCUUUAUAGUAAAGCUCUAAAUUAUCCAAUUAUAAUAAUAGCUACUUCAGAUGGGUCUGAAAUUCCUGGUGAAUUACAUCGAAUAUUUACAGAAACUAUUACUUUGGAAAGUUUGAAUCGUCAACAACGAAUGGAUAUUAUUAAAUGGCAAUUAUCGUGUCAAAGAAUAAAUUACGAUGCGGAUUUAUUAAAAAUAGCUGAAUUGUGUUCGGAUUUUCAAUAUAAAGAUUUAGUAACAUUGAUAUUGCAUGCUAUAAAAAUAUAUUGUAAAAGAACUAAGCAAUGUUUUGAGAAUACCGUAACGUUAACAAAGGAUGACUUUGUUAAAGCUUAUGAAUAUAUACAAUCGAUAAAUAUGGAUUGCAAAGGAAUGCCACGCAUACCGAAAGUACAAUGGAAGGAUGUUGGUGGAUUGGAAGAUUUAAAACACGAGAUCACUCGUAGAAUUCGUUUACCUCUAUUAAAUAAUUUUGGUUUUGGACAAUCUGGUAUACUUUUAUAUGGUCCACCCGGAACAGGAAAAACUCUUAUUGCUAAAGCAGUUGCUACGGAAUAUCAACUUCACUUUUUGUCUAUUAAAGGUCCAGAAGUUUUAAAUAUGUAUGUCGGACAAAGUGAAAAGAAUGUUAGACAAGUAUUUGAAAGAGCACGUUCUGCAGCACCAUGCAUCAUUUUCUUUGACGAGUUAGAUUCGUUGGCUCCUAAUCGUGGUAAAAAUGGAGACAGUGGUGGCGUUAUGGAUCGUGUCGUUUCUCAGUUGUUAGCAGAAAUGGAUGGUCUUGAAAAAGCAAGUAACAUUUUUAUCAUAGGUGCUACAAAUAGACCAGAUUUAAUCGAUCCGGCUUUAUUACGACCUGGUAGAUUUGACAAAUUGUUAUACGUUGGAAUACAUUCGAAUUUUGAUUCUGAACUUAAUGUUUUGAAAGCAUUAACAUACAAAUUUACAUUUUUAAAUGAUGGUAACGAGUUGAUGCAACUUAAAGAAGAUUUACCUGUUAAUCUUACCGGUGCUGAUUUAUAUUCUAUUUGUUCCAAUGCUUGGCUCAAUGCUGCACGUAGGAUUCUUAAUAUUAUCAAUAAUGAACAGAAUAAUACUACUACUACAACAACAGACAAGAAUGUUAGAAAUAUUCUUGAACAAUUGAAUUAUGUAAUUGUUGAAUUGUCAGAUUUUCAACAAGCGAUACAUAAUUGGAGUCCAUCUGUUAGUAAAGAAGAAAUGCGAAGAUACGAAAAAAUGCAAAAAGAAUUUUCUUCCAGAUGAGAACUUUCAGACUCUUAAUAUUUUAAAAUAAAUUUUGUACAUAUGUAUAUUUAAAACAAAUA